GUGAGCGAGAUCAUGGCUGUCAGAUACAGUGAGCUAUAGUAUAGAUCUGAGUGUUGCGGCAGGGGGGGACAAGCUUCACUGCACAGGAAGGGGGAGAAAGGGAGGGAGUGAGGAGGAGAGGCAGACUGCACCGCUCUUCUGCCAGGAAGGGAAGAGCAGAACGGGACCGGACCGAGGGAGGACACACACGUUCACCCCCACACAGUCACUCCUACAGAGAACCAUCGGCCAGGUCAACGAGUAGAGGGCAGGAGAAGCUGGUGUGGGACGGGGGCGGAUGCGCCCCCUCUGGCUGGAGCGCUGAGCCCAGGAGGAGGGGAAGGAAUCGGGAGAGAGCCCCAGAGCCCCAGUUCCUCUGUAGGUUGAACCUGUCUUUCAAUGACCAUGGGGGAGUGGACCAUUCUGGAGCGGCUGCUAGAGGCUGCUGUCCAGCAACAUUCUACCAUGAUUGGGAGGAUCCUGCUGACUGUAGUAGUGAUCUUCCGUAUUUUGAUAGUAGGUAUAGUGGGUGAAAAGGUCUAUGAGGACGAGCAGAUAAUGUUCAUCUGCAACACUAUGCAGCCGGGCUGCAACCAGGCCUGCUACGACAAGGCCUUCCCCAUAUCCCACAUCCGCUUCUGGGUCUUCCAGAUCAUCUUGGUGUGUACGCCCAGCCUAUGCUUCAUCACCUACUCCGUACACCAGUCCGCCAAGCAGCGUGACCGCAGUUACUCCAUCCUGCACCCCUACAUAGACCACGGUCACGCAAGUCACCACAGUCGUGGAGGCGAUCACCACGCCCGCAAGCUGCGCAACAUCAACGGCAUCCUGGUGCAGAACCCCGACAGCGGCAAGGAGGAGCAGGACCUGGAGGUCAAGGAGAUCCCCAACGUGUCCCGGGGGCUCACGCAGGCCAAGAGUGCCAAGGUGCGGCGGCAGGAGGGCAUCUCCCGCUUCUACGUCAUCCAGGUGGUGUUCCGUAACGUGCUGGAGAUCGGCUUCCUGGCCGGCCAGUACUUCCUGUAUGGCUUCAACGUACCAGGGAUGUUUGAGUGUGACCGCUACCCCUGUGUGAAGGAGGUGGAGUGCUAUGUGUCACGCCCUACAGAGAAGACGGUGUUCCUGAUUUUCAUGUUUGCAGUGAGCGGCAUCUGUGUGCUGCUCAAUCUGGCCGAGCUCAACCACCUGGGCUGGAGAAAGAUCAAGAUGGCCGUCAGGGGUGUUCAGGCCCGCAGGAAGUCCAUCUGUGAGGUGCGUAAGAAGGAUUUGCCGCAUGUGUCCCAGGCCCCCAACCUGGGCAGAACUCAGUCCAGUGAGUCAGCCUAUGUCUGACAGAGGUUCCUCCACAUGGGGGGACGUGGACUUCUGGACCAAGCAAGCUUUUUCUGGGGAGGACAAACACUUAGCCCAGCUACCCCCACCCUAAGGGGCACUAACUCUAUGUACACUGCUACAUUAUUCAUGAGCGCAGAGGGACCUCGCAUGGACAUAUUGGAGGAUUAUUGGAGAGAAGAGCUUUUUGGACUCUACAAGAGAGAGAAAGUACGUCAAGGGCAGUUUUGUUGCUGUUACUAAAGUUAGAUUGUAACUGUAGGGGGAGUUGUGAUCUGAGUUCUAGGUGACACUAGGUGCCUUCCAAGAGAACACACUGGAAAAAGAGGACAUAGGACUAAUUACUGUAAGAAUAUGAAAUAAGGACAGUUAAAUAAGAAAUAAGUCUCACCUAAAAAGUGCUAUCCUUUGCUUUUGCAACAUAGUCCCUUAAUUUCUUUAUGUAUGUGUGCAUAUGCAAGAAGGUAUGCCUGCACGUGUGUGUGCGACAGAUAAAGCAGUGUGUAUGCCUUUGUUCUGCAGAGUCAGAGCAGGGAUGAUGGGCGAAGUUGAGUUGCUGAGGGACUGAAAAUAACUUUCUUUCAGUUAUUUUCCUUCCCUGCGGCAGCUCCAAUGUAAGGAGGAGCCAAACAGAGGUGAUGCACCUUUUAAAAAAACGUCAAAAAUCAACACUAAAACUAUACCUCAGCACAAACUGGAAACCUCCUCUACCCGUCCCCACUCCCCCAGUAGCACCCCCUUCCUCCCUCCUCUCCCCGCCCCCACUCCCCCAGUAGCACCCCCUUCCUCCCUCCUCUCCCCGUCCCCACU